AUGGCGAGUACCUCGCAGCAGUACUGUUUGCGUUGGAACAAUCACCGCUCUAAUUUACUGACAGUGUUCGAUGAGUUGCUGCAAAAUGAGGCAUUCACUGACGUGACUUUGGCAGUUGACGGAGGCGCGUCUGUCAAAUGCCACAAGAUGGUCCUAGCAGCAUGUUCCUCCUACUUCCAAACUCUGUUCAUUGACCUACCAUGCAAGCAUCCUAUAGUCGUAUUGAAAGACGUGAAGUAUUCUGAGAUCAAAGCCAUCCUGGAGUAUAUGUACCGAGGCGAAGUAAACGUGGCUCAAGAGCAAUUGGCUGGGUUAUUAAAAGUCGCGGAAGUACUAAAAGUGAAGGGGUUGGUUGAAGAAAAUGGCUCCCAAGGUCGUCGGGAAGAGGUUGAAACAUCUAUGUCACCUCCUCCAGCCAUAAGCACCAGUACAACCAGCAGCGCAGCUCACAGUAGUGAUCAUACGUCUCCUCCACAUUCCACGGGCACUACUUACGAUAUUUAUGGCAAAUCACCAGCUGAUAGAAGUAGCCGUUUACCGCUGCCAAUGUGGCCUCUAUCAGGGAUUCCUAUCACUCAUUCCAGCUCCAGUCACCAGACGGCGGCACAUCAACAUUCUGCCAUGUUAAGCGGAUCAUCAUCUAUUUUAACCGGUUUUGAGACUUCUCCAUUGAAACGCAGGAAAGUUUCAAAUAUGUUAAUGAACAGAGACACGCCGAUUCUCAGAACGGUGCUGGGUCAAGGUCACGCGGAUAGUUCCCAAGGGAUUCCUCUCUUGCAUCCGGAUAGCCACGAAAAUCAGUUCAGAAGCAACAGUAAUGGCUCCUCGAAUGAGAAUGACAGACGCAGUAGUACGGAUGUAGUUCAUGGGGAUCCUGCACAUAGUCCUUAUACUGAUGUGUCUAUAAUGGAUGAAGACGAUAAGCAAGCAUCGCCACAGUCAUAUAUUCCAGACAUUAAACCAGGAAUGGUUAACUACGUACCAGCGCAAAAGCCAGAAUGGAAACGGUACAAGCAAUACACGAGGGACGACAUAAUGUCUGCGAUCGAGGCAGUACGUUCGGGAAUGAGUGCCCUCCAAGCGGCACGUAAGUACGGAGUACCCUCUCGAACUCUUUACGAUAAGGUAAAAAAACUAGGAAUCACGACAUCACGACCAUUUAAGCGUGGCUCGAAUGGUAGUGGCGCUUGUUUUCCUUAUGGAAUCGGUGGUAACGCAAAUGGCAACAUCUACAGCGGUGCCCUCUCGGAAAACGAGAACGAGAGUGGCAGUGUGAUCGAGAGUCCUGGAUCUAUCCUCGAUGCAUAUAAGUCGAGAGACGGUCUUGUAGACCGGGAGAUGUUGGACGUCAGUCGUACCUCUAGCCCAAUAGUGCAUUCCGUGAAACAGCAGAACAACGAAGAUCAGGUCGAAGAUCUCUCUGUAAGUCGUAAGUCGGAUGUUCGUGUAAUAGUUCCACCAACCUCAGUAAUCAAGGACGAGGAAGAUAUUGGCUCUGAUUCGUGUAGUCACAAUUAAACUAGGUUUACUAUCUUACCUCUCAAGAUUACCGAACUACACCUCUGAUAAAUACUAAACGUACUAUUACUCAGUCCGUUAUCACAUGAAAACUGUUCGAAAAGUUUCUAGAUAAUUUAAGGUUAUUGGAUAUUAGAAGAAAUUAUACGCAAGUAUCCGUGGUGUCCCGUGAAACGAAAAUACGUUCUAGCUUCGUAAUAUAACGAAUUUAAGAAAUUACUCUAUAUUUGACAGUGAUCUGGUUGUUUAUUUCACGGGAGAUCAUAACCCUAGAGACAAUCACAGACUUGUGUUUGCCUCAGAGAGAGAGCAACAAGGCAAUAUAAAUGGAUUAAAAGACGCAACCAAACAGAAGCCAAUUAAGUAAAUCAGCGUUUAACAAAUGACUCAGGGAUCAAUAAUAGAGUGUCGUCGCAACAGUAAGUCAUAAAACAUACGUAUAUACAUAAGGAAUCUGGUAUAUGAGAUCCUUCUCAGAUUACCUUGCACAAGACUGAUUCAUGUGUUAUGAGUUCAAGAGACUGAAGUAUAAUCAACAAUUGUGUUCCGAAGUUGUUAAAGCCUAAUGCUAAUAAGGGAUAUAGUGCCUUCUCAUAUUGAUGUAUUUUAACAAUUUAAAAGAAAGUAUCAGUAGUUCAUUAAAAGUUGUUAGUGAAAAGGAAGAAAAACAUUGCAAAUGUUCUUACUUGAAUAUUUUAUGAAAUUGACCACAUUUAUAUAUACAUAUAUAUAUAUGUAUGUUUUUGUUUUUUUAGCGUAAUUUAAUUUGUGAAGUCAUGAAGAAAUGUGUUUUAAGCAGAUCUUCAAGAUUUUACAAAUUAAUUUCGAAUCGCAUUAAGCUUUAAACACUUUUGAACUAGUGAAUAUAUAUAUUUGUUUUUUUUUAAUUCAGUGUAAUCAUUGUGAUUCGAUAUUCUCAUUUUUUUCUCAUCUAGCAAUCUAAAUAGUAGUAGUAUUUUUUAAUCUUCAUUGAUUUUUAUAGAAUAUAAAUGCCGCGUGAAAGAAAAAGGUGAAGAGAGUGUAUAUUGUUUUAAUGAUUUUGUUUUUAAUUCUUUUUUUUCUUUUAAGAGAGAUUUUCUAUCUUUGGCAUCAAAUGCUGUCACUAUGACAUAGAUUAUAUAUACAAACUAUAUAUUAUAUACAUGUAUACAUACAUAUAUAUAUAUGUGUGUGUAUGUAUAUAUAUAUAUAUAUAUAUAUGUAUUUUGAAAAAGCAGAAAGAAGGAAAAAAAAGGGAUAGAGUUAUACUUUGAAUAAUUUCAUGUUAUUGACUGAUGAUAUCGCUGUUAAUUUGUUGCUAAUUAUAAGAAUGCAUUAGCGUUACUGAUCAAUGGCCCUGGGAUACAGCUGCAAUAUUGCUCAAUAUUAAUGCAUAAUAACAUACGAACGAAUUACCUCUAAAUAUUAAUGCAUAAUAUCAUGGAUUAAUACUACCUCGAAAUAUUAAUACAUAAUUGCAAGGAACGAACUACCUCAUUGUACAACAAACAAUAGUGUUCAUUAUUAACGUUAAGACUGAUAGAGCCGAAUUGACAUUAUUAUAUAUAUUAUCUGCUAUAUUAUAUUAUAUUACCUACGUAUAGAUAGUGAAGUAAUAAAUUUAAAACAUACGUUACGACUCACAUGUUCUUUUUGAAAAUAGAUUCAAGCACUUUUUAUUUUUCAGUUAUAAUUCUUUUCACUGAAACAUGUUACAGAAAUACAAAAUGCAGAGUGAAAAAUUUAAAAAGUAUUCAUUUCUUUGUUAAUAAUAUUAAUAUAGAAUGAAAAACAGAAUUUGAUAGAAUAAUCAUUCUGAGUGAACAUGGAGAAAAAUACAAACGAAAGGCAAUGUAUUUUCAAAGAGAAUAUCGUACUUCAUAGAAAAAAGUUAAAUGAAUGAGUAACAUCCAGUGUGUGACGAAUAAUAUAUUUAAUAAUUAUUUCAAAUUAACAAAUAUCAAUUGCAUAAUAAUUUCAAUAGCUUUGUUUAAAAAUUUAUAGCGCAAACGACCAUUUGAAAUUUUUCUGUCCUCCCGCACUGGGUUGUUAUAGAUUACUUUUUUCGCGGGAGAACAACUUUGCGCAGUUGGUAGUAGGGUGUGCUGUUUGGAGAAUUAUUUAACCGCUUAAUUUACGGUUUACGUUCGAGAAUUUUGGGCCGAAAAUGUAAACAAGCUCGCGCAGCCUUCGAGCCAUUCGCACGACUUGUGUAAUACGUACUACGGGUUAUGCCUAUAAUAUUUACGUUUACCCCGAUCAUCGUACUACGGGCUGUGCCCGUAGUAGUAGAUUAAGGGGUUAAUAGUGGUGACGAAUAACACGAAGUUGUAAUUUCACCUCAAUAUUUUGCUUUCUAUUUUUACAUAUCUAUUUUACAUAUUUUAUAGCAUUUUAUUAUUAUAACAAUAUAAUUGUAGAAUAAUGAAAAAUUGAACACAAUCAAGUGUCUCAAAGCACUCGAGUGUCAGACGAAAUGACAAUUUCUUGUUACUAUUACAUAUAAUAAAAUUAUCACACUGUACCUGUACGCUGAUCGCGAUGCGAUUAUAAAAUAGAGAAAUAAUGUUUAUACAGAAUGUUUUAGGAAUCAUGGCACAAUGAUAAUAAGGCGGCGAUUUUAAUAUAGAAAAUAAAUCGAAAAUGUAGAAUGAAAUUUAUUGUGGUCUUAAGUGGAUAGACUGCGGAUUUUUAUGCAUUUAUGAGAAAUUUGGUGGCACAAAAAUACACAAAAUGCAUACAAUAUACAGAAAUAUACCUUUGGUGGGCUGGUAAGAGAAUAUAAAUUAGAAUUAUUAGUUUUCCAGAGAAGCACUUAUAAUAUUUGAAGUGCAAUAUAAGACCAAGUGUUAGAUUUUGGAUAUACUAUUAGAAUGAUAAGCAAAUGACAGUAAUGUCAAUUAUAUUAGCAUAAAAUAUCUAAAAUAGAAUAUUUAUUCUAAUAUUUAGCAGAUGAAACAAAUUCCUAUUUAAUCUCUAUUUCUACAUUAUGUUCGUAAAAAUACAAAGAUGCAUAAAAACCAAUAAUCUAUAAACGGAGAAACUUUAUUCUACACUUCUAACUUAUUUCAUGUAGAAUAAAUGUCAACUGUUUACUCGUAACCAGCCGGUAAUUAGCCAAGUUCACAUAAUCGAAUUUUUAAGUUUGAUUUUAUUGAAAACAAAGUGCUGUGUGAAAAAAUUUCAUUCCAUAUUCUCGAAUUUAUUGACGCACGUAGUGUCCCUUCCUGUACCAUGAUUAUUAGAACACCUUGUAUAAAAAAAUGACUGAUUUCAAUAUAGACAAAUAUUGAGGCCAUAUUGUAGCGAUAGAAAGAAAUAUUAAAAUUGAGAAAGAUAGAAAUAUAUAACAAUGCUGAAAUAGAUAUGCAUAUAACAUGCCUAACCAGACAAAAAAUAGUUCAACCGAAAUAAAUAUUUAGACUGAGAUAUAUUUAAGACUAUACAAUGUGUUCAAAAUAAAGAGAGAAAGUAUAUAGUUGUAAAUUAAAAGUGCAAGGUGCUCAAGAACAUAUCAAUGAAUUUCAAAAUUCGCGCUCGGAGAUGUCGUUAAUAAUUUCUGCACAGAAUAAUGAACUUAUUGAAGAAAAAAAGAUAGAAAACAACAAAUUGAAGCUUAUUUAAUAAUAAUUAAUGUAUAGAAAAUUGUGAAAUCAUUCGAAUGGUCUAAAUCAAAAUUAUAAAAAUGAUUUAGUAUAAAAUGUUAUGGGUUUUCUUACCUAUAUGAUAUAAAUUUUAAAUGGUUUAUAAAUGCAAUUUUAGAUGCCUUACGAAAUUAAAAUAAAGAAUUUUAAUUACAAUAAACGUCACGUUGAGAUUGUACAUAAUCAUAAAAAAAUUUGUGGGAUAGAAUGUUGUCUUUUUAUCAUAGUAAUUUUAUCGUGGAAAUUUAACAUCGUAUUAUUUUUUAAGACUGACUUUUCUCCUAUAAGAUAAUGUAUACUUAUGUACACAUACACAUACAUACAUAUAUACACGUAUACAUGAAAAUGCACUUUUGAUUAAUUGUAAGUUUCUAAUGUUUGACACUUUCCACCCCGUAACACGGACUUUCCUAUUUCCAUUAUGUGGAUGUAUGUUACUAGAAUUGUACAAGUUUGUUAUAAAAUAUAUUACUCUGAGAAACUCCUGAGAAAAUGGUUUUUCUUUGUAUAUUAA